GAGCCGAGGCGAGCGGGCCGCAGACAUGGGGCCGCGGGCUGUGCGGACCGGGCGGCGGCUACCGCCGCCGCUGUUGCUGUUGCUGCUGCUGCAGGGCCCCCUCCUCAGCGUGGUCGACAGUCGGACCGCGUACGAUGGAUUAUCACUACCUGAAGAUGCAGAACGGGAGACGGCGGUGGUUCGGCCUCUGUGGAACUAUUCUGACCUCUCUGAUGAUGAAGACCUCCUGGCUGAUGAGGCCUCUGGAGAUGACCUUGGCAGUGGGGACCUGGGAAGUGGAAGUUUCCAGAUGGUCUACUUCCGGGCCAUGGUGAACUUCACGCGGUCCAUCGACUACAGCUCCCAGCUGGAAGAUGCCAGCUCUCAGGAGUUUCGGGAUGUGUCUGAGGCCGUCGUGGAUACGCUGGAGUCUGAAUACCUGAAGAUCCCUGGAGACCAAGUUGUCAGCGUGGUGUUCAUCAAGGAGGUAGAAGGCUGGGUGUUUGUGGAGCUCGAUGUAGGCUCGGAGGGGAACUCGGAUGCCAGCCAGAUCCAAGACGUCCUCUACUCAGUCGUUUCCAGCGGCGCCAUCGCUUCCUAUGUCACCUCCACGGCUGGCUUCCAGUUCAGGCGGCUGGGAACAGUGACACCCCCCUCCCGGCUCUGCACGGACCGAGAAUUUGCCUGCCGGACCUACAACGAGUGUAUAGCCCUUGAGUAUCGCUGCGAUCGGCGGCCGGACUGCAGGGACAUGUCUGAUGAGCUUGAUUGUGAUGAGGAUCGAGGAGGUAGUAGGCAGGAGGAGUCCGUUCCCCCAGAACCCACAAUACCACCUCCAAGGACCCCAGCCCCAACCGUGGCACAGAUACCAUGGACAGCAACUGCUCUGGCCCAGCUCCCAGCCGGCCUACCCCAGCUCUGUGGACAACAUGAAGCCUCAUGUACCAAUGGGCAAUGUAUCCCCAAAAAUUAUUUCUGUGAUGGGCAAGAGGAUUGUAAAGAUGGCAGCGAUGAGGAGAACUGUGAGCCCUCCUUGCCCUGUGAGCCCAACGAAUUCCAGUGCAGGGAUGGCCGCUGUGCCCUCAAGCUCUGGAGAUGCGAUGGAGACUUUGAUUGUGAAGACCGGACCGACGAAGAGAAUUGCCCCCCCAAGCUGCCUGAGGAAGUCUGCGGACCGACCGAAUUCCGCUGCGUCUCCAACAACACCUGCAUCCCCUCGAGCUUCCACUGCGACGACGAGAGUGACUGCCCAGACCGUUCGGACGAGUUUGGCUGCAUGCACCCCCAGGUGGUGACCCCACCCCAAGAGUCUAUUCAAGUGUCCCGAGGCCAGACCGUGACCUUCACCUGCGUGGCCAUCGGCGUACCCACCCCCAUCAUUAACUGGAGACUCAACUGGGGUCACAUCCCCUCCCACCCCAGAGUGAAAGUGACCAGUGAAGGCGGCCGGGGCACCCUGACCAUUCACGACGUGAAGGAGGCUGACCAAGGAGCUUACACCUGCGAGGCCAUGAACUCCCGCGGCAUGGUGUUUGGCAUCCCAGAUGGCGUACUGGAGCUCAUCCCCCAGCGAGGUCCCUGCCCUGACGGGCACUUCUACCAGGAGGACAGCGCCGUAUGCCUGCCGUGCUUUUGCUUCGGCAUCACCAGCCUGUGCCAGAGCAGCAGCCGCUACCGAGAUGUGAUCCAGCUGCGGUUUGACAGACCCAAUGACUUCAAAGGUGUGAACGUGACGAUGCCCUCCCAGCCUGGCAUGCCACCCCUGUCCUCCACCCAGCUCCAAGUAGACCCCCAGCAGCAGGAGUUUCAGCUGGUCGAUCUGUCCCGCCGAUUCCUCAUCCUCGACUCCUUCUGGGCACUGCCCCAGCAGUUCCUGGGGAACAAGGUGGACUCCUACGGAGGCUCCCUCCGCUACAAAAUUCGCUAUGAAGUGUCCCGAGGGUUCCUGGAGCCUGUGCAGAAAGCUGACGUGGUGCUGGUGGGAGGUGGACAUCGCCUCUUCUCAAGGGGCCACACACCCACCCAUCCUGGUGUUCUGAACCAGCGCCAGAUCCGGUUCACUGAGGAGCACUGGGUCCAUGAGUCGAGUCAGCCAGUAUCAAGGGCCGAGUUGCUGCAAACCCUGCAGAGCCUGGAAGGCCUACUCAUCCAGACCGUGUACAAUAACAAGAUGGCCAGCGUGGGGCUGAGUGACAUCUCCAUGGACACCACAGCCAUCGGCCCCACUUCCCACGGGCGAGUCCACAGUGUUGAGGAGUGCAGGUGUCCCAUUGGCUACUCAGGCCUGUCCUGCGAGAGCUGUGAUGCCCACUUCACCCGGGUGCCCAACGGGCCUUACCUGGGUACCUGCUCCGGCUGCAACUGCCAUGGCCACGCCAGCUCCUGCGAUCCUGUGUACGGCCACUGUCUGAACUGCCAGCACAACACAGAGGGACCACAGUGUAACAAGUGCAAACCGGGUUUCUUUGGCGAUGCUACGCGUGGCACCCCUACUGCCUGCCGGCCUUGCCCCUGUCCCUACAUCGACGCCUCUCGAAGAUUCUCAGACACUUGUUUCCUGGACACGGAUGGUCAAGCCACAUGUGAUGCCUGUGCCCCUGGCUAUACCGGGCGCCGCUGUGAGAGCUGUGCCCCUGGCUACGAAGGCAACCCCAUCCAACCUAAUGGCAAAUGCAAGCCAAUCACCAACCAGGCAAUUGUGCGCUGUGAUGAGCGGGGGAGCACUGGCACCUCUGGAGAAUCCUGCCGCUGCAAGUCAAACGUGGUGGGCCGCCUAUGCAAUGAGUGCUCAGAUGGCACCUUCCACCUGAGCUCCGAGAAUCCAGACGGCUGCCUCAAGUGCUUCUGCAUGGGCGUGAGCCGCUACUGCACCAGCUCCUCCUGGAGCCGGGACCAGGUGCAUGGGGCUUCUCAGGCUGGUGAUCACACCCAGUUCAGCCUGUCCAACGCGGCGGGCACUCACAGCACAAGCGAGGGCAUCUCUUCCCCUGCGCCCGGGGAGCUGGCUUUCUCUGACUUCCACAACCUGCUCCCUGGCCCUUACUUCUGGAACCUCCCCUCAAGAUUUCAGGGAGACAAGGUGACCUCCUACGGAGGAGAACUGCACUUCACGAUAACCCAGCGGCCGCAGCCAGGCACACCACCCCUGCACGGCCAGCCCCUGGUCCUGCUUCAAGGCAAUGGCAUCUCCCUAGAGCAUCACGCCCAGCGGGAGCCCAUACCUGGCCAGCCCAGCACCUUCUCUGUGCUCUUCCGAGAGCACGCCUGGCGCAGGGCGGACGGACAGCCAGCCACCCGCGAGCACCUGCUCAUGGCCCUCGCGGGCAUCGAUGUGAUCAUGAUACGAGCGUCCUUUGCUGAGAACCAGGCAGAGAGCAGGCUGUCCGGGCUGCACAUGGAUGUGGCAGUGCCCCAGGUCACGGGGCUGGAGCAGGCUGUGGAAGUGGAGCAGUGUGUCUGCCCCCCUGGCUACCGAGGGCCAUCCUGCCAGCACUGUGAUGUGGGAUACACUCGCACUUCCAGCGGCCUCUACCUGGGCACUUGUGAACUCUGUAGCUGCAAUGGACACUCAGUGAUAUGUGACCCAGAGACUGGGGCUUGCCAGGGCUGCCAGCACAACACGGAGGGCGACAAGUGUGAACGCUGCCAGGCCGGCUACUACGGCGAUGCCCAGAGAGGCUCUGCUGAAGACUGCCAGCCGUGCCCCUGCCACGGGCUACCCUCUAACAACCAGGGGAUCCAUACUUGUUUCCUGGACACUGACGGCAGCCCCACCUGCGACGCCUGCUCCCCAGCGCACAGUGGCCGCCACUGUGAAAGGUGUGCUCCUGGUUACCAUGGCAACCCCAGCCUGGGCCAGCCCUGCCGAAGUGACGUCCCCGGCCCCCACCCUGGCCCCCACCCCGGCCCCUACCCCGGCCCCUACUUCGAUCCUGAUGACUGCAGGUGUGACCCAGAAGGCAGCAUCAGCACCCGGUGUGAAGCCACGGGGGAGUGUCGUUGCAAGGCCAAAGUGGAGGGUCCCACCUGCAGCUCUUGCCGACCUCACCACUUCUACCUGAGCGCUUCCAACCCCGAAGGCUGCCUGCCCUGUUUCUGUAUGGGCGUCACUCAGCAGUGUACGAGCACCUCCUACACCCGCCGCCUGAUCUCAAGCCCCUUUGCUCCUGGCGACUUCCAAGGUUUCGCACUGGUGAAUCGGCAGCGAAGCAGCCGGGUGGCUGGGGGGUUCAUCGUGGAGCCAGUGCCCGAGGGCAGCCAGCUCUCCUUCAGCAACUUUGCCCAGUUGGGCCAUGAGUCAUUCUACUGGGAGCUCUCCAAGCUCUACCAGGGAGACAAGGUGGAUGCCUACGGUGGGAAGCUCCGAUACAUUCUGUCCUACACAGCUGGAGCGCAGGGCAGCCCCCUCUCUGAUCCCGAUGUGCAGAUCACGGGGAACGACAUCACUCUAGUAGCCACCCAACCGGAGCUGCAAGGCCGGGAAAGGAAGAGCUUCGAAAUAAUGUUCAGAGAGCAAUUCUGGAGGAGGCUGGACGGGCAGCCGGCCACGCGAGAGCACUUGCUGAUGGUGCUGGCCGACCUGGAUGAGAUCCUGGUCCGGGCCACCUUCUCCUCGGUCCCUCUGGCGGCCAGCAUCGGUGCUGUCAGCAUGGAGAGAGCUGCCGGCCCUGCGGUCGGGCCCCGGGCCCUGGAGGUGGAGGAAUGCCGCUGUCCCCCCGGCUACCGGGGCCUCUCCUGCCAGGACUGUGCCUCGGGCUACACCCGAACAGGGAGCGGCCUCUACCUGGGCCAUUGUGAGCUUUGCGAAUGCAACGGGCACUCAGAGACCUGCCACCCAGAGACAGGGGCCUGCUCGCAAUGUCUGCACCACACGGCUGGCGAAUUCUGUGAACUCUGUGCGCCGGGUUACUAUGGCGAUGCUACCGCGGGGACCCCUGAGGACUGCCAGCCCUGUGCCUGCCCGCUGACCAACCCUGAGAACAUGUUCUCCCGGACAUGUGAGAGCCUCGGCUCUGGGGGAUACCGCUGCACGGCCUGUGAGCCCGGCUACGCCGGCCAGUACUGUGAACAGUGUGCCCCGGGCUACGUGGGCAACCCCAGUGUUCCUGGAGGCCGCUGCCAGCCUCAAGCAAACCAGGCCCUGCUGGCAGUUCAGGUCCACCCGGCCCGGAGCACGGUGCCCCAGGGGGGCUCCCACUCCCUUCGAUGCCAGGUCACCGGGAGUCCCCCAUUCUACUACUACUGGACCCGAGAAGAUGGACGGUCCAUUCCUAGCACCACCCAGCAGCGCCAGCAAGGCUCUGAGCUCCACUUCCCCAGCGUCCAGCCUUCCGACGCGGGCGUUUACAUCUGUACUUGCCGCAACCUGUAUCAUGCCAACACCAGCAGGGCCGAGCUUCUAGUCACCGAGGCACCCACCAAGGCUAUCACAGUGACCGUGGAAGAGCAGAAGAGCCAAAGCGUUCGAGUGGGAGCCGAUGUCACCUUCAUCUGCACAGCCAAGAGCAAGUCUCCAGCCUACACACUGGUGUGGACGCGCCUCCGUAAUGGCAAGCUGCCCCCACGAGCCAUGGACUUCAAUGGCAUCCUGACCAUCCGCGGUGUCCAGCCCGACGACGCGGGCACCUAUGUGUGCACUGGCUCCAACAUGUUCGCCAUGGACCAGGGCACUGCCAUGCUGCAUGUCCAGGUGUCGGGGAGCCUGUCACCGCCCGUGGUUUCUAUCCACCCACCACAGCUCACAGUGCAGGCUGGCCAGCUGGCCGAGUUCCGCUGUAGUGCCACCGGGAGCCCAGCACCCAGCCUGGAGUGGUCAGGUGGUCCUGGGGGUCAGAUUCCCAGGAAGGCCUGGAUACAUGGGGGUAUCCUACGCCUCCCAGCCACUGAGCUCUCUGACCAAGCCCAGUACCUGUGCAGAGCUUCAAAUACUGCUGGACAACAUGUAGCCAGAGCCAUACUUCAUGUGCAUGGGAGUCAAACAUCCAAUGCCCAGCCACGUCCUGAGCAGACCCAAGUACAGGAAGGCCACAUUGUAAGGCUGAAUUGUCAGGUGACUGGAAACCCACCACACAGGAUCGUCUGGACUAAGGAGGGGGGAACCUUGCCAGCCAAGGCACGUGUCGAACACACUAUGCUAUUCAUCCCAGAUGCAACAGCUGCUGAUGCUGGCAUCUACGUGUGCAGUUCUAACACCCUCACAGGAAGUGCCCAGGCCCGCAUGGAAGUGGUGAUUGUGCCAGACUCAGGCACUGUUCCCUCCAUGAGAAUCGAGUCUUCUUCCCCAUCAGUGACUGAAGGACAAACUGUAGAUCUGAACUGUGUGAUCACGGGUCAUGCUCACGCCCAGGUCACAUGGUACAGGCGUGGUGGGAGCCUCCCUACUCAGCAUCAGACUCAUGGCACCCGGCUGCGGCUAUACCAAUUGACUCCAGCAGACUCAGGCACAUACGUGUGCCGGUUUGAGGGCACUGCAGGCCACCAGGAAGCCUCCAUUGAUAUCUCUGUCUCCCAUCAUGGCAGUCCUGGCCAUUCACAAGGCUCUGACGUCAGCUUCCCCAUGAGGAUCGAGGCCUCCUCUACAGAAAUAACUGAAGGACAAACUGUGGAUCUGAACUGCGUGGUCACCGGACAGGCCCACGGCCAGGUCACGUGGUACAAGCGUGGCGGCAGUCUCCCUGCCCGACGCCAGGACCAUGGCACCUGGCUACGACUGUACCAGGUAACCCCGGCUGACUCAGGAGAGUAUGUGUGCCGUGUGGUCCAAGGCUCCCGUCCCCAUGAAGCCUCCCUCGUCAUCACCGUCCAACCUUCCCGCUCCAACGAUGGCUCCAUCCCAGCCCCAGCCACCCCGGCACCUGUCCGGAUUGAGUCCUCAUCCCCAUCCGUGGCCGAGGGGCAGACGGUCGACCUGAGUUGUGUGGUUGCUGGGCAGGCCCAUGCCCAGGUCACUUGGUACAAGCGAGGAGGCAGCCUCCCUGCCCGGCACCAGGUCCGUGGUUCCCGGCUGUACAUCUUCCACGCCACGCCGGCCGACGCUGGCGAGUACGUGUGCCGUGCGGCCAACGGCAUGGAGGCCUCCCUGACGGUCACAGUCACAGGAGCCCAGGGCGCCAGCUUCUCCUACCCCCCGGGUGCCACUCCCCCCAUCAAGAUCGAAUCCUCCUCUUCUACCGUCGCCGAGGGUCAGACCCUGGUUCUGAACUGCGUCGUGGCUGGGCAGGCCCCCGCCCAAGUCACUUGGUACAAGCGAGGAGGGAACCUUCCAGCCAGACACCAGGUCCAUGGCUCCCGGCUGCAACUUCACCAAGUGUCUCCAGCUGACUCAGGAGAAUAUGUGUGCCGGGUAGUCAGCGGCUCUGGCCCCCAGGAAGCCUCGGUCCUGGUCACCAUCGAGCCUGAGGGCUCUUUGCAUGGCCCUGCUCAAGGCCAGGACGGCACACCCCCAAUCAGGAUUGAGUCAUCUUCCUCAACUGUGGCCGAAGGCCAGACCCUGGAUCUGAGCUGCAUCAUCACAGGGCAAGCGCAUGCCCAGGUCACCUGGUACAAGCGUGGCGGCGCCCUCCCUGCCCGGCACCAGGUCCACGGCUCCCGGCUGCGACUGCAUCAGGUGUCCCCAGCUGAUUCUGGAGAGUACGUCUGCAGGGUGGUGGGCGGCUCCAGCACUCAGGAAGCCUCGGUCCUGGUCACCAUCGAGCCUGAAGGCUCCAGCCCUGCCCAGGGCGUCACGCCUCCAAUCAGGAUCGAGUCGUCCUCCUCCUCUGUGGCCGAAGGACAGACCCUGGAUCUGAACUGCAUUGUGGCCGGCCAGGCCCACGCCCAGGUCUCCUGGUACAAGCGAGGGGGCAGCCUACCGGCCAAGCACCAGGUGCACGGUUCCCGGCUAAAGCUGUACCAGGUGUCUCCAGCUGACUCCGGAGAGUACGUGUGCCGAGUGGUCGGCAGCUCCAGCCACCAGGAAGCCUCUGUCCUGGUCACCAUCCAGGCCCAAGGGUCCAACCAUGGCUCCAUUCCUGGCCUGGGAGUCACUCCCGCAGUGAGGAUCGAGUCUUCCUCUUCCUCUAUCACGGAAGGACAGACUUUUGACCUGAACUGUCUGGUCUUUGGACAGGCCCAUGCCCAGGUUACCUGGUACAAGCGCGGUGGCAGCCUCCCCAGCAAGCAUCAGGUCCACGGCACCAGAUUGAGGCUGUUGCAGGUGACCCCAGCUGACUCAGGCGAGUAUGUGUGCAGGGUAAUUGGCAGCUCCGGCCCCCAGGAGGCCUCGGUCCUCAUCACCAUCCAACAGCAGCGUCCAGGCCCCUUCCACCCCCAGGGUGUUGUGUAUCCUGUCCGAAUUGAGUCCUCCUCUUCCUCCCUGGCCAACGGACAGAUGCUGGACCUCAACUGCCUGGUGACUAGUCAAGCACCACAUACCAUCACAUGGUACAAGCGUGGAGGCACUCUUCCAGCUCGACAUCGGAUUGUGGGCUCCAGAUUACGGAUCCCCCAGGUCACCCCUGCCGACUCUGGAGAGUACGUAUGCCAUGUCAGCAAUGGGGCCGGCUCCCAGGAAUCUUCGCUCAUCGUCACCAUCCAGGGUGGUGGCUCCUCCCACUCCUCGGGCAUCACCCCUCCCAUCAGGAUUGAAUCUUCCUCUCCAGUGGUGACUGAAGGGCAGACCCUGGAUCUCAACUGUGUAGUCCCCGAGCAGAGCCAAGCCACAGUGACGUGGUAUAAGAGAGGGGGCAGCCUCCCUGCCCGCCAUCAGGUUCACGGCUCCCGCCUCCGACUGAACCAGGUAUCAUCAGCUGAUUCGGGAGAGUACGUGUGCCGGGCUAACAACAACAUAGAAGCUCAGGAAACAUCCAUAGUGAUAUCCAUCCCCUCCAGCAACCCCAACAAUCCUUCUUCUCCAGGACUUACAUCUCCUAUCAGGAUCGAAUCCUCUUCUUCCUCUGUGGCCGAAGGACAGACCCUGGACCUGAACUGUCUGGUUUCUGGACAGGCCCACGCACAGGUCAAAUGGUACAAGCGCGGGGACAGCCUCCCGGCACAGCACCAGGUCCAUGGCUCCCAGCUGAGGCUUUAUCAGGUAUCUCCAGCCGACUCAGGCGAGUACGUGUGCCGGGUGAUCAGUGGUUCCAGUGUCCAAGAAGCCUCUGUCCUUGUCACCAUUGAGCCUGCUCAUCCAAACUCUGGUCCUAUACCAGGCGUCAUCCCGCCGGUCAGGAUUGAGUCGUCUUCUUCAUCGGUGGCCGAAGGACAGACUGUGGAUCUCAACUGCGUGGUGGCGGGACAGCCCCACGUCCGGGUCUCGUGGCACAGGCGCGGGGGGAGCCUCCCUGUCAAGCACCAGAUCCACGGCUCCCGCCUACGGCUGUACCAGGCGUCUCCGGCCGACUCUGGCGAGUACGUGUGCCGCGUGCUCGGGGGCGCCAGCCCCCAGGAGGCUUCUAUCGUAGUCACCAUCAAAGGCCUGGGCUCUGCCGUCCCCACCGCCGCCACCUUCAUUCCCAUCCGAAUUGAGUCCUCGACCCCAUCAGUGACCGAAGGGCACACGGUGGAUCUGAACUGCGUGGUCACUGGGCAGCCUCAUUCCCACGUCACGUGGUAUAAGAGAGGGGGGACCCUCCCCACCAGGCACCAGAUCCAUGGCUCCCACCUGAGGCUGUACCAGGUGUCUCAGACUGACGCCGGCGAGUACGUGUGUCGGGUGGUCGGCGGCUCUGGCCCCCCCCAGGAGUCUUCCUUCACCAUUGCCGUGCUGCCCUCCGCCUCUACUGCCGAGUCCUACCGCCUCCAGAGCCCCGUCAUCUCCAUUGACCCCCCCAGUGCCACGGUACAGCAGGGCCAGGACGCCACCUUCAAGUGCCUGAUCCACGACGGGGCGGCCCCCAUCAGCGUGGAGUGGAAGAUGGCCCGAAACCAGGAUCUGGAAGACAACGUGCACCUCAGCCCCAACGGCUCCAUCAUCACCAUCAUGGGGGCCCGGGCCAGCAACCACGGCACCUACCGCUGCGUGGCCUCCAACCCCUAUGGCGUGGCCCACAGUGUCGUCAGUCUCAGCGUGCAGGGACCCCCCACGGUGUCCGUGCUCCCUAAGGGCCCCGUCCGGGUGAAGCUGGGCAAAGCUGUGUCUCUGGAGUGUGUCAGUGCUGGGGAGCCCCGCCCUUCCGUCCGCUGGAUGCGCAUCGGGACGCCCCUCAAGGUGGAUCACCACCGCACUUUGGGGCCCAUGGACAGCCACGCCAUGCUGCAGAUCACGGAAGCCCAGCCCGAGGACGCGGGCACCUACGUCUGCUUGGCCCAGAAUGCUCUGGGCUCCGCUCAGGCGCGGGUGGAGGUGAGUGUGGAGACGGGGGCCGCGCCCCUGGGCGCCCCCGAGGUGCGAGUGGAAGAGGCAGAAAUGACCGUGGAAGCUGGGAAGACGGCCACCCUGCGCUGCUCGGCCACAGGUAGCCCCCCUCCCAGCGUGCACUGGUCCAAACUCCGGGCCCCUCUGCCCUGGAAGCAUCAGCUGUCUGGAAGCACCCUCAUCCUCCCCGAGGUGGCUCAGCAGGACUCCGGCCAGUACAUCUGCAAUGCUUCCAACUCCGCCGGCCACGCCGAGGCCACUGUCAUCCUGCACGUGGAGAGUCCUCCCUACGCCACGACAAUCCCUGAAGAGGCGCUGGUAGGAGUGGGAGAAAUGGUACAGUUUCAGUGCUUGGCCCACGGGACGCCCCCGCUCACCUUCCGCUGGAGUCGGGUGAACGGCAGCCUCCCCAGAGGGGCAACCGUCCGGGGGGACCUGCUGCGCCUCCACCCCGCGGCCCCCGAGGAUGCUGGCCAGUACCAGUGCCUGGUCACCAACAAGGUGGGCUCUGCCCGGGCCGUCGCUCACCUCAGAAUCCAGGGUGCCCACCCUGCAGGCCCCUUCCCUGCAGCCUCAGCCCCAGCCAUCCACAUCACACCUCAGCAGGAGACAAAGGGCAUCGGGGGCAGCGUCGAAUUCCACUGCGCCGUGCCCAGCGAUGCAGGAGCCCAGAUCCAGUGGAUCAAAGAAGGCGGGCAGCUGCCACAGGGUCACACCGUGCAAGAUGGGGUGCUUCGGAUCCAGAAUUUGGACCAGAGUUGCCAGGGGACAUAUAUUUGCCGUGCACAUGGGCCAUGGGGCCAGGUCCAGGAUAGUGCACAGUUAGUUGUUCAUGCUCUUCCUUCUGUGCUCAUUAACAUCCGGACAUCAGUGCAGACUGUAGUCGUCGGUCACGCGGUCGAGUUUGAGUGCCUGGCCCUGGGUGACCCCAAACCUCAUGUCACCUGGAGCAAGGUGGGGGGCCAGCUGCGCUCGGGCAUCGUGCAGACUGGAGGCACCAUUCGGAUUGCCCACGUGGAGCAGGCUGAUGCUGGGCAGUAUCGCUGCACUGCCACCAAUGCCGCGGGUACCACCCAGUCUCAUGUGCUGCUGCUCGUGCAAGCUUUGCCCCAGAUCUCAGCCCCUCCUGAGGUCCGAGUGCCCGCUGGGUCUACGGCUGUCUUCCCUUGCAUAGUGUCCGGCUUCCCAACCCCUGACAUCACCUGGAGUAAGCUGGAGGGAGCCCUUCCCUUAGGGAGUCAUAUGGAGAACAAUGUGCUGACGGUGCCCUCCGUCAAGCCUCAAGACGCCGGCACCUACAUCUGUACGGCUACCAAUCGCCAGGGCAAAGUGAAAGCUUUUGCCCGCCUCCAGGUACCAGAGAGGGUGGUCCCUUACUUCACCCAGACCCCUCACUCCUUCCUGCCUCUGCCCACCAUCAAGGAUGCCUACAGGAAGUUUGAAAUCCGCAUUAAUUUCAGGCCUGAUGCUGCUGAUGGGAUGCUGAUUUACAGUGGGCAGAAGACGGCCCCGGGGUCUGGGAGCCCGGUCAAUCUGGCGGCCAGGCAGCCCGACUUCAUCUCCUUUGGGCUGGUGGGCGGCAGGCCGGAGUUCCGGUUUGAUGCUGGCUCUGGCAUGGCCACCAUCCGCCAUCCCACCCCCUUGGCACUGGGUCAGUUCCAUACGGUGACCCUGCUUCGAAACCUGACACAGGGUACCCUGAUUGUGGGCAACCUGCCCCCCGUCAAUGGCACCUCCCAGGGCAAAUUCCAAGGUCUGGAUCUGAAUGAGGAGCUCUACCUGGGUGGCUACCCGGACUACGGCGCCAUCCCCAAGGCUGGCCUAAGCAGCGGCUUUGUAGGCUGCGUGCGGGAGCUUCGCAUCCAGGACGAGGAAGUGAUCUUCCACGAUCUCAACCUCACGGCCCAUGGCAUCUCCCACUGCCCCACUUGCAAGGACAUGCCCUGCCAGAACGGGGGAUUCUGCCAGGAUUCUGAGAGCAGCAGCUACGUGUGCACCUGUCCCUCUGGCUUCACCGGGAGCCGCUGUGAACACUCCCAAGCCCUGCAUUGCCACCCAGAGGCCUGUGGACCUGACGCCACCUGUGUGAACCGCCCCGAUGGCCGGGGCUACUCCUGCCGCUGUCACCUGGGCCGCUUUGGGGAGAAGUGCAUGGAAGGUGUGACAGUGACCACACCGGCUCUGUCAGGUGCCAGGUCGUACCUAGCAUUACCUGCCCUCACCAACACCCACCACGAACUGCGCCUGGACCUUGAGUUCAAGCCCCUGGCUCCCGAAGGACUCCUGCUCUUCAGCGGUGGGAAGGGCGCCCCUGUGGAAGACUUUGUGUCCCUGGCCAUGAGUGGCGGGCACCUGGAAUUCCGCUAUGAGCUGGGCUCAGGGACAGCGGUGCUCCGGAGCGCCCAGCCCUUGGCCCUUGGCCGCUGGCACCGUGUGUCUGCCGAACGGUUCAAUAAGGACGGCAGCCUCCGAGUGAAUGGUGGGCCCCCAGUGCAGCGCUCUUCCCCCGGCAAAAGCCAAGGCCUCAACCUGCACACCCUGCUCUACCUGGGCGGCGUGGAGCCUUCGGUGACCCCGCCCCCCGCUGCCAACGUCAGCGCUCACUUCCACGGCUGCAUCGGCGAGGUGUCGGUGAACGGGAAGCGGCUGGACAUGACCUACAGCUUCCUGGGCAGCCACGGCGUCGGCCAGUGCUACGACAGCUCCCCCUGUGAGCGCCAGCCCUGCCAGAACGGCGCCACCUGCAUGCCCGCGGGCGAGUACGAGUUCCAGUGCCUGUGCCGCGACGGCUUCAAGGGAGACCACUGCGAACAUGCUGAGCACCCUUGCCUACUGCCAGAGCCCUGCCUUCACGGGGGCACCUGCCAGGGUGCCCGCUGCAUCUGCCCCCCUGGAUUCACUGGGCCUCGAUGUCAGAAAAGCCGAGGUCCUCCCGAAGCUGACUGGCACCUGGAGGGCAGUGGAGGAAACGAUGCCCCUGGACAGUACGGAGCCUAUUUCCAUGAUGGCGGCUACCUGUCAUUCCCAUACCGGGUGUUCCCUCGGAGCCUCCCCCAUAUUCCAGAGACCAUCGAGUUGGAGGUUCGGACCCACACUCCCAACGGCCUCCUGCUCUGGCAGGGCGUGGAGGCCAGAGAGCAAGGAUGGGGCAAGGACUUCAUCAGCCUGGGGCUACAAGACGGGCACCUGGUCUUCAGUUACCAGCUGGGCAGCGGCGAGGCUCACAUCGUCUCUGAGGACCCCAUCAAUGACGGCGAAUGGCACAAAGUGACGGCCCUGAGAGAGGGCAGGAGUGGAUCCAUCCAGGUAGAUGGAGAGGAGCUGGUGAGUGGCCAGUCUCCCGGACCCAACGUGGCAGUCAACACCAAGGGCAGCAUCUACAUUGGUGGGGCCCCCGACGCAGCGACGCUCACGGGAGGCAGGUUUGAGGCGGGCAUCACGGGCUGCAUCAAGAACCUGGUGCUGCACUGCGCCACUCCGGGCGGUCCUCCCCCUCAGCCCCUGGACCUGCAGCACCACGUCCAAGCCGGGGCCAACACCCGCCCCUGCCCCUCCUAGACACCUAUGCAGACUCCUGGGCCACGCGCCCCUGGAUAGGACGUUAUUGAUGAUUAUAUUAUUAUUAUUAUUAUUAUUUUGUAAGAAACAAAGGCAACCAUCAUGCUUUGCUGCUACCCGCCUUGGGGCUGGGCUGACCCUGCCCCUUGGGUUGUCGGGGGGACAAAGCCACAGGGUGAGGUGGGAGAGGGAUGGGCACUGAGGGAUGCCGUGUGCACCCCGAAAGCUAGCAGAAUCCUUGCAAUUUCAGGCUGGGCGCAGGAGGACCCCCACUAGCUAGAUCCUCUGCAAAGGCAGAACCAGGGGGCCGUAAGAUGCCCAGGCCAGGUCUGGCCCCAGGACCCCGCUCCUGUCUGCCCUGCGCCGCCUCUGGGGUACAAUCUCCCGCUGGGCGUACAGGAGAAUGCUCAGUACGCCCUUCUGCCUCAGCUUUCCUUCCCUGCCACAUACCCGCCCCGCAGCUGAAGGUUCCCUCUCGUCCUUGGCCGGCUUGGAGACUCCUCAUUUCUCCUCUCUGGGCAGGAAAUCCCCUUUCCACCAACUCUCUGGCCAAAGCUGACUCCUCUUCCUAGCCUGGCAGAUUCUCAGGCCCUCUCCCCCAGCGCCAGCCCACCACGUUCCCCAUUGCUCUGCCAUGCCUCUUUCCCCCCAAUGCAAAACAUUUACGAAGCACCUACUAUGUGCAAGGCCCUGCGCUCGAGGCUCAGGGUCUCUGCCCUCCAGGAAUUUAGUCUAGGGGAUGAGGAGGACGCUGAGGGGAGGGCGCCGGCCCACCACAGGCCCUCUCUGGCCCUGCAUUCUGGUCUCACUGAGUCAGUCUGUUCGCCCGUGUGCCCCCAACCCACGAGCCCCCACGGCUGAGAGCUAGCCCACCACUUUCUCUCGGCACCAGCUGGAUGACAGCCGUCUACCCAACAGCUCAAAAAGGGUUUGUCCGAGGCAAAGCCCGGGCCGCGACUCCGGCACCCCCGAGGCCGGCUGAGAGCUGGCUGGGCUCCCCGGGAAGCGGUCUGGCUGGGUUGGGGGGGAAGGUCAACCAUCUGUUGUUGCUGUGGCGGGGGAGUACACAGGAAUUGGGAGACAUGGGGGCACUAGCUGGGGGUGGGGGGGACGCCAGGAGCUUGAAACCGGCAGGAAGGAGACGAGAGCUCCGGACAUCCAAUCUAAGGGGGUGUAGGAGGCCCAGGGUGGGAAAAAUAUCUCCUCCUGCCCCAGUUUGGAUGGAAGCGAGGUCAUGUCUCUUCCAGUCUGCCCUCUACCUCUGGGGCCUGGCACCCUGCAAGUCCCCCUGGGGGCCUUCCGAGGGGCGAACAAACCAGGCCCCUGCCUGCUGUGAGGGGAUGGGAAGGGGCUCCUCCUGUGGUCUUUGUCUUCAAUAAAAGGUGCUACCCCCA